AUGUCGGAAGUACGGUGUGCUGCGGAUAUCAUUUUCCCCAUAAGGUGACUGAGGUUAUGACAAGAUGCUGGGCAGGUUAUGGCAAUCCUAUAAAAGCAAUACCACCUUACGCUAUGGCGUGCCCAUGAUGCUAUUGGUCAUAGGUGGCUCCUUUGGGCUGCGUGAAUUUACCCAAAUCCGCUACGAUGUGCAAAAGUUAAAAAGAACGAUAGACCCAUCGCUAGCUAAAUUGCUGAAAGAGAAAGAGGAGGUUUCCCUGGAAGCUGAAUAUGAGAAGCUGAAGCAGAAGGACCUUGACAACUGGAUGAACAUCCGAGGCCCUCGCCCAUGGGAGGACUCUAAAUCUUACCAAGAGCAACAGAGAAUGAACACUGACAAAAAUACAUAAAUAAAUAUAAAUGCAAUGCAGAACGUGAUGGAAGCCUUCAAAAGGUGGCUGUAGAGGACGUUCACCUGUUGCGCAGCAGAUGUCUUUUGGCUCAUACUCCAUUAAUAAGACGCGCUUCAGCAAUCCCCCAAAAUCUAUUAUGUUAUUUCAGCAGGUGGAACGUGAUGAAGUGGGAACCCUAACUGUUAUUUUGUGAUUGUUUUCUCAGACCUACUUCUAUUUAAUAUUAAAUCAUAUUUAUGCAGUCCUUCAGUUCAAGUACCUUUCUCAGAUUUCUACAGCUGAUUGCUGCAAACAGAAUAUUAAAUCUUCCACAUAGGGACAGUCAUAUAAAUUGAUUUCUGUACAGAACUGAAGACACUGCAGAACUAGAAGCAGUCAGGGAAAUGAUGAAAGCUGCUUCUCUGUAGACAUGAAGCAUGUAAUAUGUAUAGUUUAUUAGUAAUUAAAGGAUGUUUUGUAACAUA